UUCAGGAGUCAAAUUCACAGCACUUCGCAUCAACACUUUGUGCUGGGCAGAGUUUGCCUGUACCCAGGCACCCUGGGUGAGCAGGGCUGCUGGACAAGCCUCCCAGCAGCACCCAGAAACAGGCUAGGAGGAAGCAGCCCACUGCCAAGCUCUGGGGCAGGCACCUGAGCUGGCCUGAACCUGGCACUGCAAACCUGAGAGCAAAGCAGAGAACCCUUUGUGGGAAUGCCCCUUGCAGGGACUCCUGCUCCUCUUAAAAGGAAAAAGUCCACUAAACUCAUUGGGAAGCUGACACAAGAAGUCAUGCCACAAGAGGUGUCUAAGCUGAACUUGGGGAAGAAGAUCAGCACCCCCAGAGAUGUGAUGCUAGAAGAGCUUUCUCUUCUCACUAACAAAGGAUCCAAGAUGUUCAAAUUACGUCAGCUGAGGGUGGAGAAGUUCAUUUAUGAGAAUAACCCUGAUGCCUUCACUGACAAUUCUGUGGAUCACUUUCAGAAGUUCAUCACACCAGGAGGGCAUUACGGUGAAGAUGCUCAAGGCUAUGCCCAUGGGAGGAUGGUAGGAGGAGUGACAGCUGGACAGCAUGGCUCCAAUAAGCAGCAGUAUCCUGGUGCUCCUCCUAGGCCUGGAAGCAAAGGCGGCGCUAGGGACAGCAAAGGGGAGCAUGCUGGGGAAUCAGCUGGAAGUGGUGGAGAAGGAGGUGAUGGUACUGAGAAAGAUGGAAAGUCAGGAGGCAAAAAAAUCACUGUAUUUAAAACUUAUAUCUCUCCCUGGGAACGAGCAAUGGGUAUCAGCCCAGAGGACAAAAGUCAGUUCACCAUUGACUUACUGUCAUACAGUCCCAAAGCUGAUUUCCCCCAUUACAAGUCUUUUAACCGGACUGCCAUGCCUUAUGGGGGUUUUGAGAAAGCAGCCAAACGGAUGACCUUCAAAGUGCCUCAGUUUGAUAUUUGCCCUUUGCUUCCAGAAUCUCUCAUGAUAUAUAAUCAAAAUUUCAGCAGCAGACCCUCCUUCAACAGAACCCCUAUACCAUGGAUGCCUUCAGGAGACUCCUCUGAGUAUCAUACUGAAAUCAAUGUGCCAAGGAGUGGUGAAACAGAAGAGCUGUAAACCCCUACUGUCAAGACCUUCCUCAGCCCUUUCUAUUUGUAAGUUGAUAGGAAGGAGCUGAAGAGUGCGACUCUAGUUCCGUCAGCCUUUCCUUUCAUUUCCCCUUAGGCCAGACAAGAUCCUAGCAGGUUCUAAACUUAUCUCCACCGGGAGUUAAUCCAUCAGAAACAGUUUGAGGGAAAGAAGCUUUUUAUUCACCAGGGCAUAAAAAGGCAAAACUAGGAAGUGUUUUUCUGCUAAAUGCUGCCUGUCUGCUCCAUCAUGAAUCUGUUUUGUCAUAUCAUAACAAGUAAUAAAACACCACGAGAUAAAAAAGCCUUUGUGUUUUCUUGUUAAAAAACGCAGCUGAAUCAAUUUGGGGAAUAGCAAUAAUAAAAGUUUCAAUCUUA